CAAUGGCUUUACCUAAACGCUGAAUUCAUUUUUCUAGGUUUAGAAAGAACUAACGCAUCCUGAAAAUGUUUAACAAAUCCUUUGGCACUCCGUUUGGAGGCAGCACUGGCUUUGGGACAACUUCCACUUUUGGACAAAAUGCCGGCUUCGGUACCACAAGCGGAGGCGCGUUCGGCACAUCGGCCUUUGGCUCCAACAACAACACRGGAGGCCUCUUCGGGAGCACGCAGACAAAACCAGGAGGACUGUUUGGUUCCACUACGUUUAAUCAGCCGGCUACGUCCUCCACGAGCACCGGCUUUGGCUUCGGAACAUCCACGGGAACGUCCAACAGCCUCUUUGGAACCACCAGCACUGGCGGCGGGCUCUUCUCCUCGCAGAAUAAUGCGUUUGCCCAGAAUAAGCCGGCCGUCUUUGGAAACUUCGGAACUAGUACGAGCAGCGGAGGUCUCUUUGGAACCACUAACACGACCUCCAAUCCUUUUGGGAGUACAUCUGGCUCUCUUUUUGGCCCGACCAGUUUUACAGCUGCUCCAACUGGCACCACUAUUAAGUUUAACCCACCAACUGGGUCCGAUACUAUGGUAAAAUCUGGAGUUAGCACCAACAUCAGUACCAAGCAUCAGUGCAUUACUGCUAUGAAGGAAUAUGAAAGCAAAUCUCUCGAGGAACUUCGCUUAGAAGAUUACCAGGCAAAUAGGAAGGGACCUUCGAAUCCAGUAGGAGCAGGAGCCCCUGCCGGGUUGUUUGGGUCCUCUACUGCCACGUCAAGUACAGCCACAGGACUUUUUGGCUCUUCUACCACUAAUACAGGCUUUUCGUACGUGCAGAACAAAGCCGCUUUCGGGACAAGUACGACUGGCUUUGGAACAGGCACGACAGGGAGUCUUUUUGGGCAGCCGUCCCAAACGACCAGUCUGUUCAACAAGCCCUUUGGGCAGCCCACGACGACGCAGAACACCAGCUUCUCCUUUGGGAACACCAGCACUCUGGGGCAGCCCAACACAAGCACCAUGGGUCUCUUUGGGGCAACCCAGCCCUCCCAGCCCGGAGGUCUGUUUGGAACAGCUGCCAAUACAAAUGCUGGGACUGGAUUUGGGACUGGAACUGGUCUCUUUGGACAGCCUAACACGGGAGGAUUUGGUGUUGGCGGUUCGACGCUGUUUGGCAACAAACCUGCUGGAUUUGGGACCACCACGACCAGCGCUCCCUCCUUCGGCACAACCACUGGCGGCGGCCUCUUUGGCUUCGGCGCCAACACUGCUGGCAAUAGUUUGUUUGGAAAUAAGCCCGCGACGGGGACGCUGGGGACAGGCCUGGGGACAGGCUUUGGCACAGCUCUCGGGGCUGGGCAGACUUCUUUAUUUGGGAAUACGCAGCCGAAACUGGGUGGAACGCUGGGAACGGGAGCGUUCGGAGCCCCAGGAUUCAACACGUCAACAGCUACUCUGGGGUUUGGAGCUCCCCAGCCUGCUGUGGCAUUGACGGACCCGAACGCGUCGGCGGCGCAGCAGGCAGUGCUUCAGCAGCACCUCAACAGCUUGACCUACUCGCCCUUCGGCGACUCCCCGCUCUUCCGAAACCCCAUGUCAGAUCCAAAGAAAAAGGAAGAGAGGCUGAAGCCAACCAACCCGGCAGCCCAGAAGGCCUUAACGACGCCCACGCACUACAAACUGACCCCUCGCCCCGCGACCAGGGUGCGACCGAAGGCUCUGCAGACGGCCGGCUCUGCCAAGUCCCACCUCUUCGACGGCCUCGAUGACGACGAGCCCUCCUUGUCCAACGGGGCCUUCAUGCCCAAGAAAAGCAUCAAAAAGUUGGUUUUGAAAAACCUCAACAAUAGCAACCUGUUUUCACCUGUCAGUCGUGAAAACGAAGACCUGGCUUCUCCGUCAGAGUAUCCCGAGAACGGAGACCGGUUCUUCUUGUCGGUGCCUCCUGAUGAAAACCACAGGCAAGACGGCGAACGCGAGGAAGAGGAGGAUCAGCACGAGGUGACGAGGUUCUACACGAACCCCAUUGCCAAGCCCAUCCCGCAGACGCCCGAGAGCGCCGCGCACCGGCACCAGAACAGCGUGGACGACACCCUCGUGGCGCUCAACAUGCGGGUGGCCCUGCGCAACGGCCUGGAAGGCAGCAGCGAGGACGCCUCCUUUCACGAUGAUUCCCUGCAGGACGAGCGUGAGGAGGAGGCAGAAACUGUGCAUCACCUGCAUCCUGCAGGAAUCGUUCUGACGAGAGCUGGCUACUACACCAUCCCGUCCCUGGAGGAGCUGGCCCGCCUCACCAGCGACCGCAACGAGUGCAUCGUCAGCGACUUCACCAUCGGCCGCAAAGGUUACGGCUCAAUUUACUUUGAAGGAGAAGUGAACCUAACAAACCUGAAUUUGGAUGACAUAGUGCAUAUCCGUAGGAAAGAAGUGAUUGUUUACCCUGACGAUGAGAGGAAGCCACCCAUUGGUGAAGGAUUAAAUAGGCGAGCUGAAGUUACGUUAGAUGGAGUCUGGCCUACGGAUAAAACAUCUCGUUGCUUGAUAAAAAGCCCCGAACGGUUAGCGGAGAUGAAUUACGAAGGCAGACUAGAGGCCGUGUCCCGAAAACAGGGAGCUCGCUUCAAGGAAUACCGCCCAGAGACCGGAUCAUGGGUGUUUAAGGUGGCCCACUUCUCCAAGUACGGCUUGCAAGAUUCCGACGAGGAAGAGGAGGAGCAGCCUUCCAAGGCGGACGCCAAGAAGUUGAAAACGGCUCCCGUGCCACCCCCGGGACAUCUGCAGCCCCAGCAAAUGACCCUAAACGGCAAGCCAACACCUCCAUCCCAGCCCCCAGAAGUGGAGCAGCUGGGCCGGGUGCUGGAGCUGGACAGCGACAUGGCAGACAUCACCCAGGAGCUGCCGGAGCCGGCGGCGCCGCGCGCGGGCGCCGCGCCGGAGGAGCCCGAGGCGCUGCCGGCCUCCACUCACAUAGCCUCCACGCUGGGCAUCAACCCGCACGUCCUGCAGAUCAUGAAAGCCUCCUUGCUUGCUGAUGACGACGAUAUGGACUUGAUCCUGGAUCCUUAUCCUGGGAAGCAGCUCACAAAAACGGAUACCUCUCAGGAGAUUUGCUCGCCCAGGCUCCCUAUUUCAGCGUCGCAAGGACACAAGAAACACUCAGUCGGCGGUCUGUUGCAGUCAAAAUUCGCCAGCGUGUUUUCCCGCCAGCCGAGCCCUCCUCAGGACUUCCGAGGGCCCCAGGCUCUGAGCAGCCCUUCUGCUGCGCCCUGGUCGGUGACUUCCCCGCUGGCGCCCGCCUUCUCGGUGCCUUCCGCGGCUCCCGAGGUGCCCAUGAAAACAGUGGGCGUCCGCCGGCAGCAGGGGCUGGUCCCGCUGGAAAGAUCCGUCACCUUCGGGAAGGGGAAGAUGCUCAUGGACAUGGCGCUCUUCAUGGGGCGCUCGUUUCGUGUCGGUUGGGGCCCCAACUGGACGCUGGUUCAUAGCGGGGAUCAGUUGAGCGGCGCGAGCGCAGCCGAUGACCUUCAGUGCGAGCCUGUGGAAUACGGAUUCCUGCCGACUCCUGUUGCACCCAAAUCACUCACAGAAUCUUCUUUCAAGGUUCACGUGGAGAAGCUGAGCUUAGAACAAAGGAAGAUAGGCAGAGACAAACAUCUGUAUCUCUUUCCCCUGGAGAUCAAGCUGAAACACAGCACUGUCCAUAUGGAUGAAGAGUGUCCUCUUCUAGCACCCAAUCCRGGAGUUUCUGUUAUUCAUGACUAUGUCGAUUGGGUCAGAGAGGCGUCUCUUUACCUUGCCGAAACGGAAACAGCUGUGGUGAAGCCCUGGUGCCUGACGUGGACGUUAUGCGAAGCCAUCUGGGGGAACCUGCGGGAGCUGGAGGCCAGCCUGGAGGAGCCCAGCGAGUACGUGCUGGCGCUGGAGCGCCGGAGGGCCUUCUCCCGCUGGCUCGCGCGCACGGCGGCGGCGCGCGUCGACGACGAGGUGUCCCUGGCCCGCCACGACAGCCCCGUCGACGCCGUCUUCAGCUGCCUGACGGGCAGGAGGAUCGGGGAGGCUUGCAGGCUGGCGCAGCAGGCGGGUGAUCACAGGCUCGCUCUGCUCCUGUCCCAGCUGGCGGGCAGCCAGCCCAGUCGAGACCUCCUCACCAUGCAGCUGGUGGACUGGCACAGGCUGCAGGCUGACAGCUUCAUCCAGGAAGACAGGCUGCGCAUCUUCGCCCUGCUUGCAGGAAAACCAGUGUGGCAGUUAUCUGAAAGAAGAAGCGUCAACGUGUGCUCGCAGCUGGACUGGAAGCGUUGCGUGGCCGUCCACCUGUGGUACCUGCUUCCACCAACAGCCUCUAUUUCCAAAGCGCUUGCCAUGUACGAGUCGGCAUUCCAGAACACACCAGAGUGUGAAAAAUACGCCUGCUGUCCCCUGCCUCCCUACCUGGAAGAUUCUGGCUGCGUAAUUGAGGAAGACGACAACAUGGGGAGACCGCUGAGGGAUGUCUGUUUCCACCUGUUAAAGCUCUACAGCGACAGGCACUACGACCUCAACCAGCUGCUCGACCCCAGGAGCGUCACCGCCGACCCCCUGGACUAUCGUCUCAGCUGGCACUUGUGGGAGGUGCUCAGAGCCCUCAACUACACCCACCUCUUGAGGCAGAGCCAGGGGGUGCUGAACGCCAGCUACGCRGCGCAGCUCGAAAGCCAGGGCCUCUGGGAAUGGGCCGUCUUCGUCCUGCUGCAUGAGCCUGAUGCCCACACCCGGGAGAGGGCCGUGCGCGAGCUCCUGAGCCGGCACUGCAGCCUCCAGGAGACGCCCGAAUCGUGGAACAAGGAGGCCUUCCUGACGCAGAGGCUCCGCGUGCCCCCCGAGUGGCUGCACGAGGCCAAGGCGGUGCGAGCGCGGGCCGAGGGCGACCAGCACAAGGAAGCCCUCUUCCUCUUCAAGGCCGGCCACUGGAACCAGUGUCACAAGCUGGUCGUCAGGCACUUGGCCUCAGAUGCCAUUAUUAACGAGAACUACAAAUACCUGAAAGGCUUCCUGGAGGAGCUGUCCGCUCCGGAACGCAGCGCGCUCAUCCAGGACUGGGAGGUGGCCGGGCUGGUCUAUCUCGACUACAUCCGUGUUACCGAGAUGCUCGACAGGAUUCAACAGCUGGAUUGCUCCACGUACGAGCUGGAGCGGCUGCACACCACGGUGACGUCGCUGUGCAACCGGAUCGAGCAGAUCCAGUGUCACAACGCCAAGGACCGCCUGGCUCAGUCAGACAUGGCCAAGCGCACGGCCAACCUGCUGCGCGUGGUGCUGAGCGUGCAGCACGCGCCGGAGCCCGCGGCCGACGCCGCCAGCGCCGCCGCGCAGCGCGUGCCCCUGCGCCUCCUGGCACCCCACAUCGGCCGCCUGCCGCUGCCCGAGGACUACGCGCUGGAGGAGCUGCGCAGCCUCACGCAGUCCUACCUGCGGGAGCUCGCCGUGCCCUGAGGCGCCCGCGCCCUU